AUGGCCCUGGAUUCUAGAGACACCGAGCUGCUGCAAAACACUCCUCUGGAGUCUGCUUUCAGCCCAGCUCAGAUCCAACACUACCUACAGCAUAUAUCCUUUCCGCUGCCUCUCACACAUCCUCGGGAUACAAUCUUCUUGCAGACUUUACACCGAUGCCAGAUCACGAGCAUCCCAUACGAAAAUCUGAGCCUGCACUAUAAUUCUGCUCGUACCAACUCAAUCGACCCGCAGGAUCUUUACGCCAAGUUCCUGCCCGACUUCCACCCGACCGCCUCUGAGCAGAGCCGUGGCAGGGGCGGCUUUUGUUUCGAGACCAGUGUGUUCUUCCUCCAUAUUCUCAAAGGCCUGGGCUUCAGAGCAUAUCCGACUGCAGCACGUAUUCGUAUCCGAGACCACCUCACGCGUGUGCCUGCCGGACCAUUCGUGGGACCGCGACAUGUUGUGAAUCUUGUGCUCCUUGAGGACGGCUCGGUCUGGAGCUGCGAUGUCGGGUUCGGUGGCGACGGUCCAACGACCCCCUUACUGCUCUCGUCCUGCCCAGGACAGGAACCAGAGGCAGUGGCCAAUCUAGGCGCACAGCAGAUUCGGUUACAGAGAGGAGCAUUCCCAAACACACUGAAGUCGGAGGCGAAUCAAGUCUGGUUCUACGAGUACAGGAAUGGCACGGAUGCUCCCUGGAAUCAAUACUACGCUUUCGGCGAGGCGGAAGCCAGUGCUUGGGAUCUGGAGUGUUCAAAUUGGUGGGUGGCGAGUCACCCAGAGAGUUUCCAGAGGAAGCAGAUUUUAGUUGUCAAGUUUAUCAGGGGCACUGCAGGAGAAGAUGGCGAUUGCAGAAGCUCCCGAGGGAAUGCAGCGAACGGUGAGGAAACGGCCACUAAACAUUCGACAAGCACAGUUCAGGUCAUUGGGAAGAUUAUGCUGGCUGAUGGGAUUGUAAAGAGAAAUAUGGGUGGCAGGACAGAAGUGGUACAAGUAUGUACGAGUGAAGAAGAGCGGAUCAAAGCAUUGAAGGAGCACUUUGGCAUCGUCCUCAGCAACGAGGCACGAAAGGGGAUCCAGGGGUUUGAGACGGAGUUGACUGGUGAUGUUGAUGGAAUUGAAUCCCACAUCGAGCCACAAGCUAGCUGA